GCGUCCUGCCGGGAGACGAAGGGAGGGGGCGGCGGGGGCCGGCGGCUGAAGGAAGCGUACCGGCGGUGCCGCGCCCGCGUGUCUCCCGGCGGGAGGAGAGGAGGAUGUGAGGCCGCGGGAAGAUGAAACCCGGCGCCGCGGAGGUCACCGACAAAGGAGCGCGUCCCCCAGAUGAAAUGCAAGCAAAAACAGAAAAGAUAAAAUCUUCUCUGAAGAGCGUGAAAAAAGAAGUAGGAAAACCAGAGAAACUGAAAUAUAAACCACUCACUGGAAAAGUGUUUUACCUCGAUAUUCCAUCAAAUGUGAUCUCUGAAAAAAUAGGGAAGGAUCUUAAAGAACUGGGAGGGCGAGUGGAGAGUUUUCUUAGCAAAGAUAUCAGCUAUCUGGUGUCCAGUAAAAAGGAGGCAAAAUUUGCACCAACUCUCAGUCAGAUUUCUCCAGUUCCUAGCCCAGAAUCUGUAUGUAAUGGAGGGAAUGGUACAUCUCAUCCCAGCAACCGAAAAGAUCGACAGGAUGGAAGUUCAUUUAAGGCAGCAGAUGCAGUACGUUUGAGCAGAGGAAAAUCCUUAGCUGAAAAAGCAAUCAGAGAGCAGGAAUUAAUCCCCUCUGGUAGCAUGCUGUCCAAUGCUUUGAGCUGGGGAGUGAAAGUACUUCAUAUUGAUGAUGUUAAGCAUUAUAUUGAACAAAAGAAGAAAGAUCUCUACCUAAUCAAAAGCACAGGCAGUUCUUUUAAAGAUGUGGGAAAACAAGUUACCACUCAAAAGUCAAAAAGUAGGCUGAAAAACCCAUUUGUGAAGGUGGAAGAUAGAAGUCGCUCCUACCGACCAUUUUAUCUGCAGUUACCAAGUUUUCCAGCUCUUAACUACUGUGUUCCAAAACCUUGUAGUCCAUUUGAGGUCGAUAAGAAGCAUCCUUCUGGUCCAAAACAAACUCAGUCUAAGCAAAGAAAAGAUAUAAACAGUGACAAGGACUGCAGAACUCCUGUUCAGCUUCAUCAGAAGGACAAAAAAAGGAGAGGAUAUUGUGAAUGCUGUGGGAAGAAAUAUGAAGAUCUACAAACUCAUCUUGAAAGUGAACAGCACCAGAAAUUUGCACAAAGCACACAGUAUCAAGUUGUUGAUGAUAUAAUCUCCAAGUUUGUUUAUGAGUUUGUUGAAUACAGGGAUGAUGAAAAAAACAUGAAAAGGAUAAAAUGUAGUACAGGAUAUUUUUCUCCUAUUAUUGGAACGAUAACACGACCAGAUGAGCUGAAAGAACGGCUGAAAAAGCAACGCGUUUCAUUGAGAACUUACUCGUGGAAAGAUACUACAAUGCAGGCACUCAAACUGGAUCGUCAGCCUGCAGAAAUACAACCAAAUUCCAUGUUGGUGCCUACCCCUAUUUCUGCAUCUCUGUGUUCAAUUCUGUACUGUCAUCUGUCUCAACCUCCAGAAGUAAAAAGUAAAUUCAGAAAUAAUGGUGGAAACACAAGAACUAAUUGCUUCUGUGCCACAAAGCUAGGACAGUCUGUGAUGGCGCCAAAUUUCAUACAACCACUUCCUCAGAAAGAUGGUAAAUCAUACAUGGAAAACUUGUGUCAAGAUUAUGAGCCAUUCAGUAAAGAAGUACUUGAACCAGAAGUAAAUAAAAAGAAUUUACAGCGUUUUCAGGAAGGUGUGUGUACUUUAUGUUCUCAUGCUCAAGUUACAGAUCUUAGUGAAAAAGACAAAAACUUAGCACAGCCUAAACGAAAAUUGAAUCCUGCAGUAGUUCUACCCGCAAAAUGUUUGAAAAAAAUGGAUGCCAGUCCUACGUUUGUCGAGAAACAUCGUGAUUUAUGUGAUAAUCAUCAACAGAUGCAGCACAAUGUAGUUCUGGAGGCUGAGGUAUCCGAGUCUGCUAUAAACAAAGAACUUAAUGAAUUGGCUGCCAACGCUGCACACUGCUCACCAUCUGGAAAGCUGCACAGGAAAGUAAAACUUUGCUUAGGAAGAAAUAGAAGAGAAAACCGGAAGCAGAAUAUAGAGUUAUGUGUGAAGUAUGCAGAUGGACUGUCUGUCCCCAGAGAGCAAAGGGAUUGCAGCUCACCUGUGCAGGCCCUACUGGAAUUGUUUCAGACAAGUGAAAUAAAGUCUGAAUUUAGAGGUUUUUCAGUUUACACUGAUCAUGAAGAUUCGACUGGCACAGAAGAUGUAUGGGAAGGGCAGAACACAAAUGCUGUUAGUUUGUUAUUUUCCUCUUCAUCCUCUUCCCCGUUUAUUGGAUUUUAAUGCUGCUUUAUUUAAUACAGUGUUUUUCAAAUAAAUUUGCAGAUUUAAGAUUUUA